AGCGCUUCCUCCUCCUCCUCCUUCUACCAGCGGCAGCGGGAGGGCGGAGGAGCCGCGCGGAGCUUGGUUUCCCACGGAAAGAAAACUUUCCAUGUUUGUUUGCUGGUGCGCUCGGAGGAGGAGGAGGCACCGCCGAGGGAGAAGGAGCCGCCCCGGGACCCCCAGGUUUUUCUCAACCAUCGGCACCCGAAUCAGUUUCCUGGCCAUCCGAAGGUCACUCUCACCCAGAGUGCCACACGGCCGGCUCACCCCCACCCUCCACCCGGCAUCUCUGGCUGGACAAGAGGUCCCAACCACCCGUCCUCCAGUCCUUGGCACCCACCAGGCAGAAAGCUGGAAGCGACGUUAACCAUGAGUGAUUUUUGGCACAAGCUGGGCUGCUGCGUGGUGGAGAAAGCACAGCCGCAGCAGCGGAAAAGACGGCGGAUCGACCGAAGCAUGAUAGGCGAGCCUAUGAAUUUCGUCCACCUCACGCACAUCGGCUCUGGGGACAUGGUGAACGAGGGCCUCCCCGCCGUGUCAGGAGCCGUCCAGGAAAUGCGGUCCAAAUGCGGGCGAGAAAGACCUUGGAGCAAUUCCCACAUUUUAUAACCUUGUGCCGCUCCUCCCCUCCUCCUUUUCCCUGAGAAUUAAUUACAAAAAUAACCUUCAGAGGGAAAAAAAGAAAAGAAAGAAACUCAUCUCUGCCUCACUUGAAUUUCCUGUCCGGUCUUGUCGAAAUGGGUUGCCAAACUCAAAACCGUUGAGCAAAAUAAUCACCGCGUAACUUAUACUUUAAAAUAUAUAUAUAUAUAUAUAUUGUCCAUCACUCUGCACAUGCCCAGGUGACUGUUCUUUUUCCUGGCACUGUUCGCUCUGCAGAACAGACACACACACACCUUGGCAAGGAAAGCGGGCACCAUCUGGGCAAACCUUGCAGAGAAUAGUAGCUUCCUCAACCGGGAUUGAUCCGCCACACUUCCAUGAUAAGAAAUAAUCAAUGCGUUUUGGUUCCUUCGCAAACGGGGAAAAAAAACCCAUCAGACCGGAUGAAUUAUUCAUGGUGUUUUUGCCAAAGUUUCUCCACUGGAUUUUAUUCUUAAAGGACGUGUGUCCUGGCCACGAGGCGAGACGUUUGGGGUGGCCAGGAUUAUCCCUCCAAAGGGAGGAUGGCAAAUCUCAUUCCGGACUCCUCGCAGAAACCCCCAGGCCGAGGGUGCUAAAACAGGGUGGGCACCCUUCCUGCUAUCAGCCAGUGGGUGCCAAUUCCAGGAAGCAGAGUUCAAAUACCAACAGCAGUUCGGUGCUUGUGAUGUUGUUAUUAUUAUUAUUAUCAUCAUCAUCAUCAUCAUUCUGGUUUGUCGCAGAUUCUGGAUUUGGCGUUCUUUGCCCACUUAUCAAACCUAUUUGCUGCCUAUCUCGCCGUUCGGAGUGACUCUUGAGCAUCUUUUAUCCUCGCAAAACUUUCGGUCCUGAAUCGACCGCCCCUCUGCUCUUUGCACAAAAAUGGGGAUCCGGAGAAAUCCACCCCUCGCGAAGGUGGCGAAGGUAUCUCUGGGUCCAGAGACACGUUGAGGGCCUCCGUGGCUCAAACUCCCGCAAGCCAGGAGGAAUUCGCUCUCAGCUCCCUUUCUUUGUGGAUUGAAGCCUCUCACCCAAGAGCAACCGAGGACCGGGGCCAAACUGCAACCAGGAUCAACCAGAUCCCUGCAAGCUUGUAAAAGGGGGCUGGAGAGAAUCUCACACGGAGACUGUUCGGCCCGGAGGAAGCCCAGCGGCUGGCCCUCAUCCGAAAGUCCCUCCUCUGUUUGAUCCUGGAUUAUGUGGUUCUUUCCUCCAGCCAGACCUGUGUUAAAAAUGUGGAGGCCGCGGCGUGGAAAUCCUGCUUCCGAUACUUGUUUCCCAGGUUCGAUUCUCCUGCGCUCCCCUUCACGCUCAACGAGGGAGACCUGGUUUUUAAAAACGAGGCACCCCGAGAGCCAAAACGAGACUUUUAGACGGUCCGGCCUGGAGGAGGAGAAAAAUACAUUUCAAAUUCCAGGGUCAGCUUUUUCAGCAUCCUGCGCACUUGAGGUUGUGGAAGGUUUCUCCGCCCGCUGUUGGAUUUCUUCCUUCUCUUUCUGAAACUGGAGUUGCAGCCCACAUGACGCCGUCCGGCUGACCCUGGGUAUCCCGAGUGGAUGCUCACUGCAACAAAAUCCUCUCUUCUGUUGUGUCUUUAGCUCCAUCCAGUCGCCCCGUGCCCCAAAUUAAGGGAUUGCAGGUUUGGGAAAAAGGGAUUUUGUGUAUGUGUGUUUCUUGUCUUCCUUGCAAAGCAGGCCAGCUCUGAAGGGGAAACCUUCAGCAGCCAAUAAACUCUCCCCCCACCCUUAUUUUCCCACAGGCGCGAGAACAACUAGGUGUAAAAUUAAACGUCUCCAUUUUUCUCCCCUUUGUUUCCCUGUGCCUGCUGGCCGAGCGAAAGUUAGAUUUCCAAGUAGAACAGCUGUUUGGCAACCAAUUUUUUUCCCCUAAUCUUCGGGGCUUUAGGAUUGCAACGUCCAGCCUUCCUACAUGUUGGCAGUGGAUGAGGGGAUCUGUAGUUUAACUUACCUGAAAAGCAUCUUUCUUUCUUUUUUUCCCCCCACUCCAAACAUUUAGCUGAUGGGUCGAUGUUUCAAAAAUACACGCACGCACACAUAGAGCUUUGGGCAUGUAUAUUAUUAUCCCCCCCCCCAAUUCCCAGCUGGUCUGGGGUUAAAAGCGAUUGCUUGGUGGGGACGGGGGGGGGGGGAAGAAUAGCUGGACUGUUCGGCUGUCUUUUUAUUUGCCAGAAAAACCCAUCAUCUUUUUUGCAAACAAGAAAAUGAUCAUGUUUGUAUGUGUCUGAAGGGAGGAAGAAAAUAUAUAUUAUUUGAAUAUAAUGUUGCAAUUGAGACAGUGAAAUCUGGGAGAAAGGCAGAGCUGUGUAUUGUGCUGGCAUGGUCUUUCUUUUAAGCAAAAAAA